AAGACGCUCUCCGAGGACAGUCAGAAAGCGCCCCUGGCCCAGAUUUGUGGGCCGGGCUUCUUCCAUGAAUCUUGGUCUCUGGGCAGUGAGCCCCCCACCCUGUGCACCAACCCUGCCUUCCCCCAUCCCACACCCCAGCAGCAUCCUCUCCCGGAAACAAGCCUGCUGAGCAAAGGCGGAGGCAAACCUUGGGCCUUCCGCUCUGAUUGGUCUCCCCCCGCCGCGCGGGGCGAGGCGGCGAUUGGCUGCCGGGCGUUGUCAGUCGCCGAGGCCAGAGCCGUCGCCGGGGAAGCGCAGCCCGGCUCCGGUGCUCCGGCUGCAGCCGCGGCUGCUCGGCUGGUGAAGCUGAGCGAGCCCGCGCGGGCGCCACCGCCGCCUCCGCCGCUGUCCACCGCGCGCAGCCAGCGCCGCGGGGCUUGCAGGAGGCCGCCGGGAGGGGCGGGCGCGCGAGCGGAGCACGAGGAGGCGGAGGCGGGGGAGAAGUGAUGCUGGCGCCGGGGAUCCGGGCAGCGGCAGCGGAGAAUAAGCAUCUUUGGGACCCCGGCUGCAGCGUCCCUGUGGCCCGCGGGCCAGCUGAACGGCCAGAGACCGUGCGUCCCGCGGGUAAGAUCUGCUAGAACAACUUCAAGGACUGCUGAGCCCAGGAGUGGAGGGAGGGUUGUAUAGAAGAAGUGACUCUACUCUCAGAAGAAUUCGGAAAUCUUCAUCAUAGGACUGACCUGGAAAAAUUACGUGGAGCAAUGCUGGCCAAAGAAGCAUGAAGACUAGACUUCUGGGGAAGGAAGAAAUGGGUUUCCAUGGAGCUGUGGAUGGUGUUCAUCUCAGGUUUAUGAUGAACUAUGCAGAAGAACUCAUUCACCCCAUUCUGCCAUCUUCUGAAUCUCAACCUGCCUCAACGUUGAUUCAAAGCCCAUCUAGGUCUCACCUGAAUUCCCAUCUGUCACUGUAUCCACAGUCUCAUAUAAUUUAGAUUCAUCAUCUCAAUCACCCAUACCAGGAUUCUGCAAGUUGGUGGACAGCAGCUUCUGGAAUGAGCUUCUCAAAUCUCUGCCCACCAAUGGAGACUGUGAUAGAUGCUCUCUGCAGCUGGGGUGAGAGGAAAGCAGAGGCGGCAGGCUUGGUCCAGCAGAGUUCCGAGGAAGAUUUCUGAGGCAUGGAGCUUCCACCAGGUUUGAAAGAAACUAAAGUGAGUGUGACGAUGCCACAACACAACUGAUGUCCACAGGCACCUGCCAACAAACUUCUCUCUUGCAGAGAUUUCAGAUUGUGGAAUAAUAUGCUGCCUUUGCAAGAGGACAAGAAUCUAGUGCCCAAAAGACGUGUUCUCCAGCAUUUGGACUAGACGUAUUCUCAAGACAAUGGCUUCAAAGGUCUCCUGUCUAUAUGUUUUGACCGUUGUGUGCUGGGCCAGUGCUCUCUGGUACUUGAGCAUAACACGACCUACUUCUUCCUACACUGGCUCAAAGCCAUUCAGUCACCUAACAGUUGCCAGGAAAAACUUCACCUUUGGCAACAUAAGAACUCGACCUAUAAACCCACAUUCUUUUGAAUUUCUUAUAAACGAACCCAAUAAAUGUGAGAAAAACAUCCCUUUCCUUGUGAUCCUCAUCAGCACCACACACAAGGAGUUUGAUGCACGCCAAGCAAUCCGGGAGACAUGGGGGGAUGAGAACAACUUCAAAGGAAUCAAGAUAGCCACACUUUUCCUCCUGGGCAAAAAUGCCGAUCCUGUUCUGAACCAGAUGGUGGAGCAAGAGAGCCAGAUCUUUCAUGACAUCAUAGUGGAGGACUUCAUUGACUCCUAUCACAACCUCACCCUCAAAACCUUAAUGGGGAUGAGAUGGGUUGCCACUUUCUGUUCAAAAGCCAAGUAUGUCAUGAAAACAGACAGUGACAUUUUUGUGAACAUGGACAACCUUAUUUAUAAACUCUUGAAACCUUCUACCAAGCCAAGAAGAAGGUAUUUUACUGGUUAUGUCAUCAAUGGCGGACCGAUCCGAGAUGUCCGCAGUAAGUGGUAUAUGCCUAGGGAUUUGUACCCUGACAGCAACUACCCACCAUUCUGUUCAGGAACUGGCUAUAUCUUUUCUGCUGAUGUGGCAGAACUCAUUUACAAGACCUCACUCCAUACCAGGCUGCUUCAUCUUGAAGAUGUGUAUGUGGGACUGUGUCUUCGAAAGCUCGGCAUACAUCCUUUCCAGAAUAGUGGCUUCAAUCACUGGAAGAUGGCCUACAGUUUGUGCAGGUACCGUCGUGUCAUCACGGUCCAUCAGAUCUCUCCAGAAGAAAUGCACAGAAUUUGGAAUGAUAUGUCAAGCAAGAAGCAUCUCAGAUGUUAGGGUUUUUAUUGCUGUAAAUAAGUUUCUUUUCUAAGAAAUGGGGACUAAGGUGUUGGUAUUUUACAGGUGUCACGAUGGGAAAAUGACCUGGUAAGGGGUUUUGUAAAGUUGUUGCUUCCUAUUCCCAGUUCCUUUCUUGGAUCACUAAUUUACAAGUCUUGGGCUCAGUCAUAGAAACAGCAAGUGAGUUAGAAGGUCCAGAAUACAUUCUCAGGUCCUAAGACAUUGUCAUUUGUUUCAAGAAGUGACUCUCAAUAACUGCUAGGAUUUAUGGACUGUGCAUCUGAGAUAAAAAUCUGGGUCAGGAAAUGGAAACUCACACUAAUAAAUAGUAACUCUUAGAAAAGAAAUAAGUCAAAAAAGAUACAUAGCCAGGAAGACACACUGGAUGUGAUUUUUUAAUGCUGUGUGUUAUUGUCACAUUGGAUUUUACAUAUAUUGCCAUGAAAUGUGUAUAGAAUUUGUGAUUCUACCAAUAAUUGAUUUUUAUCCCUGGUAGGGAGACUGUGAUGAAAUAGAUGAAAAUUGAAACUUGAGACUCAGUUAUUCCAUAUGUGUAGAAAACACCUAGACUUACACUUCCAAGGAUUAAAUGUGGUCAGCAGGUGGGAUGUACAUAAAACGCUACUUUAUGGAGACAAAUAAUUGUUUGCUUUUUCAGAACAAAUAUUACAUGGUGCCACCAAGGAGACUGCCAGAUGUCAUACUGUCACCUGCUCCCUUCCAUACAAUGCCUUCAAGUACAUUUUACAGUUUUUGGACCAGGCAGGUGUGUGUCCCCAUGUGUAGAAAACAAGUUGGUAGGAGGCCCAGAAACAAUA